CCAUGCCCCCCGGCGCGGGCCCAUGGAGCCAUGGCCUAUAGGGUCCUGGGCCGCGCGGGGCCACCUCAGCCGCGGAGGGCGCGCAGGCUGCUCUUCGCCUUCACGCUCUCGCUGUCCUGCACUUACCUGUGCUACAGCCUCCUGUGCUGCUGCGACGACCUCGGCCGCAGCCGCCUGCUCCGCGCGCCCCGCUGCCUCCGCGGCCCCGGCGCGGGCGGCCAGAAACUUCUGCCCAAGUCCCGCCCCUGCGACCCCCCGGGGCCCACGCCCAGCGCGCCCGCCGCCCUGGCGCCCGCCCCGCGCCUCCCGGCUGCCAACCUCUCGGGCUCCCCGCGGCUGGGCACCAAGCGGCUGCCCCAGGCCCUCAUCGUGGGCGUGAAGAAGGGGGGCACGCGCGCCGUGCUGGAGUUUAUCCGCGUGCACCCGGACGUGCGGGCCCUGGGUACGGAGCCCCACUUCUUCGACAGGAACUACGGGCGCGGGCUGGACUGGUACAGGAGCCUGAUGCCGCGGACCCUGGACAGCCAGAUCACCCUGGAGAAGACCCCCAGCUAUUUCGUCACGCAAGAGGCCCCUCGGCGGAUCUUCAACAUGUCCCGAGACACCAAGCUGAUUGUGGUGGUACGGAACCCUGUGACCCGCGCCAUCUCCGAUUACACCCAGACGCUGUCCAAGAAGCCGGACAUCCCCACCUUCGAGGGCCUGUCCUUCCGGAACCGCACUCUGGGCCUGGUGGACGUGUCCUGGAACGCCAUCCGCAUCGGCCUGUACGCGCUGCACCUGGAGAGCUGGCUGCAGUACUUCCCGCUCUCCCAGAUCCUCUUCGUCAGCGGCGAGCGGCUCAUCACCGACCCCGCGGGCGAGCUGGGCCGCGUGCAGGACUUCCUGGGCAUCAAGAGGUUCAUCACGGACAAGCACUUCUACUUCAACAAGACCAAAGGGUUCCCUUGCUUGAAAAGGACAGAGUCGAGCCUCCUUCCUCGCUGUCUGGGCAAGUCGAAGGGCAGAACUCACGUACAGAUCGAUCCCGAGGUCAUAGACCAGCUCCGGGAAUUUUACAGACCUUACAACGUUAAGUUUUACGAGACGGUUGGGCAGGACUUCAGGUGGGAAUAAGCCUCUGACACCCAAGG